AUGAUUCCAUUCACAGAAAACUUACACUGGAACGAAGAAAUUACAUUUAAUUCAUUGAUUUCUGAAAUUUCAUGUGACUAUUGCAUUCAAAUUUCACUCAUACGUUUCGAUUUGGAUUCAAUGACAGGUACACUUUCCAGAAGGGAAUUUCUUAAAUGUAAAUGUCCAGUAUUCGAUUCAAGCUUUCAAUUAUACCAAGGAGAUUUAAAUUUGCAUUUGGACUCGGAUAUUUACCUAAAUGUUGAGUUUCAAAAUCAUGGUUUUAAUAUCAAAUAUGAAUUGGACAGGCCUAUUGAACGACCAUUUUUAGAGACUUUUGAUAUGGAAACAGGAAUUGACUUGAGCGAUUCCUCAUUACUUGUUCCAUUCCUUCGAAGAAUUUCGUUUGAAAAUCAAUGGGUUAUUUAUGAAUCUAGAAAAUUAAUUUCACAAUGGGAAAAACCAGAAAUUCAUGAAAUUGUAAUAUUACUCAGUGGAAAUAUUGGAUUAUUUGUAAAAUCAUUAAUUAUUCAAUUAUUGGAGCAAGUAGAUCAUGGUUUAUUAACAAGUUUGUUACCAUUUCUCAUUCAUUGUGUCAAAUUUGAUUCAGUGAAUGGUGUACUAGUUGAAUAUUUAUUGAAGUUAUCGGUGAAAUCAAAAUCUAUUGGAAAUCAAUUGUUUUGGCUUUUAAAAACAGAAUCAAUUUAUCAUCAAGUGUGUAAAUUAACGAUUUCAAAAUAUUUGAAAAUGAUAGAUAAUGAUGAUAUUGAAAUUAUUAGAAACCAAUGUUUAUUUUUCGAUUCUAUUGAGGAACGUAAAACAUUCGAAUUGAACUAUCAAGUAUUAAUGCCUUUUACCAUGUCCAAAAUUAAAACUAUUCACAAAUUUAUCUAUCCUGAAACCAAGAUUCAAAAUCCACAACUUCACUUGGAGCUUGACAAUGGAACAUUCCUUGAAUUGAUUUACUAUUCAAAUUCUCCUGAUAUUUAUUCAACUUUUGCAAUCAAUAAUUUUAUAAAUAUUAUUGGAAGAGAUGUAAAUAACACUACUAUUGGACAUUUUGUAAUUGGAUAUAGGAGAGGAUUUGUGAUCAUUCCAGAUUCAUUGAAACUUGUCCAAAUUAAUGAAACUGGUUUUCAAAUAUUUAGUGAACUUUGCAAAAACCAAAAAGCUCAAACAUUUGCAGAGAAUUUCACAACAAGUUUAAUAUUAGAAAUGUUUAUAGCAGUAUACUUUAAUUCCAAUUCUAUUGAUGAAUUUUACAUUAAUGAAGAAGGUGGCAUAAUGUUGAAACUGUAUUCUCUUUCAUACACGAAAGAAUUCGCAUCUAAAAGAAACCAGAAUAAGUUUGAUGGAUGGCUUACAAAAUAUCAUGAUGAUUUCAUUGAAAAGUUAAAGAAUUUGAUUCAAAAAUUGGUGGACUAUUUGAAGAAAACUGGAUUGGCUUUUGGAUUUUUUACUGCAUUCACUCUUCCAUCUCAAUCUUGUGGAUUUAGUAAUCAGAUUCAUUUACAAUACUUUACAAAAUUUUUGAAUGAAGAUGUGAAUAUUGUGAGCGAGAAAAUUCUACCAACAUUUUUCUCCUCAGAUCACUAUUCUAAAACCAACUAA